ACACCAUAACAAGAUCCUAUUUAGACAUGGUGUUAUUGGAAUGAGGUGCACUUCCUUUCUAAAAUGACAAAAUUAAACUCGUCUUUUCAUUUCGUUGCAGUGUUGUAUGUGUUCAUGGUCGCACGUUUCUGUUACGCUGACACUAGUAGGUCUCCCGGUUCACGACAGCAAGUUGAAGAGGUUACGAGGCAUUUAAACAAACAUCCGGUUAAGUCCAUCAAGAGCCCUGAUGGUGAUAUAAUCGAUUGUGUCCAUAUCUCUCAUCAACCGGCUUUUGACCACCCGUUACUCAAAAAUCACACCAUUAAGAUGAAGCCAAAUUAUUAUCCAAACUGGAUAAACAAAAUGUCAUCCGAAGCUUCAUCAUCCCUUACUCAAUUGUGGCAUUCAAAAGGAAAAUGCCCAAAAGGGACUAUCCCCAUUAUAAGAACAAAGAAAGAAGAUGUACUCAACUCCGUCAAAAUUUAUAGGAAGAAGAACUUGCCUAAGCAACAGCAUGCAAGUGCAUAUACUAAUGGGGAGUUGUACGGAACAAAAGCAUCACUGAAUAUUUGGAACCCAAAGAUUCAAAAAUCUAACGAAUAUAGUUCGGCUCAAAUUUGGAUAGUAGGAGGUUCUUUUGAUGCAGAUCUCAAUACCAUUGAAGCUGGUUGGCAUGUGUAUCCAGAGUUGUAUGGAGAUAACAACACCAGGUUAUUCAUCCACUGGACUAGUGACGGAUAUAGAAAAACAGGGUGUUACAAUCUUAAGUGCUCCGGUUUUAUUCAAACCGACAACCGAAUUGCAAUAGGGGGCAGCUUUAUACCUGUUAUGACACAAUUUGGAGGGGUUCAAUAUGAAUUCACCCUAACCAUCUGGAAAGACCUACAGAGUGGAGAUUGGUGGCUACAAUGGGGGAGUGAGCUAGUUAUAGGAUAUUGGCCAUCCUCAUUGUUUUCAUACUUAAGUGAGAAUGCGUGGAUGAUACAAUGGGGUGGAGAAGUGGUGAACUUUGGCUCACACGGGCAUCAUACAACUACCCAAAUGGGCAGUGGCCACUUCCCUAAACAAGGGUUUGGUAAAGCUAGUUAUAUAAGACAUAUUGAAAUACUCGACGAAUCGGGCAAUUCAAAGACUCCUAAAGAUCUCAAUACCAUCGCUGAUCAAAACAGUUGCUAUGAUAUUUCAACGAACAUUGAUGAUGAUUUCUUAUACUAUGGUGGACCUGGUCGAAACAAAAACUGCCCGUAAAAUAAUUGAAAUAUUAUAUUCCAUGUACUAGGGCAACCACUUUUACUUAUUAUAACAUCCCAAACAUUAAGUCCAAUAUACAUGGAAUACGUUAUUUCACCUAAUAUGUUAAUAAAAUUCUUGUUUUGUGGUGUUAGCA